AUGAUUAAUAUAUUUUUAAAUGUAGUGAUACUUUGUGCAAAGAGUUAAUGGGUAACUAUUUACACUCUUACACCCCGUGGUGAAUGUUCUCCUUAUAGUAUCAAUUAUCUUUUUUUCUUUCUUCCCCCUCAUAGUAUGCUAAAAAUUAGUGUAGGAUAUAGUAAAAAAUAUUUUCUUUAUAUAUUUAUAGAUUCUGGUGUAAAGAUAACUCCUGAUAUUCCAUGGUUGGGUUCUGGAGACUAGAGUGUAGUUUCCUCAGCAUUUAAUACAUACCCUUGGGAUUGCUUAUUUCAUACAUAUUAUACUUUAUUAAAUCACCAUUCAUCAUCACUUACUAUAGUUGUCUCCAUUCUAAUAUAGGGUUCAAUAUCAAUUCUAAAAUGUCCUUAAGAUUGUAUAUAUUGUUAAGGACCAGAUGCUAAAUGUAUUUUAUAUUUUUUAAAAUUUGCUACAUUUUGGUUUACAACAAUCGAAACAGAAGGAUGGAUAGUAGACAAUAAUAUUGAAAUGAAGACAAGCUCAUUUUAUACAAUAAAAUUAGCAGGAGGUUAAGAUAAUUUAUUGGCAAAUUAAACUUUAGACAGAAUUUUUUAAAAUAUUCCUCCUCACUUUUAAAUUUAAAUAUAAUUCAAGUUAUGGACUUUUUCAUAAUAUAAUGUGAGCUAUGUUUUUAGUUUUGAUGAUAAUUAAUAUCAAAUAGAACAGAAACUUUCCACUAGCCAAAAAGUUGGAAUAUAAAAUAUUGAAAUAUAAAUGGACCAUUCAUCUAGUUAAUUGAAAUUAAAAUUAUAAAGUAUAUCUAAUAAUGAGCAUUCUUGGGGAUUAAAUACUUUUGAUUUCUAUAUUGCUAAAUGUAUAAUUUAUUGUGAGAAAUGUUUUGGACCAUCAAUUUAAGAAUGUACACUUUGCAUUAAGGGGUGGAUGUAUUUUAAAGACAAUUGCUUACCUAGUAAUUUUUAUAAUAAUAUAAUAAAGUACCAUUAAUACUUGUAUCAUUGAUUAUUAAGGCGAAACCUACUCUCCAAAAUUAAAAUUAAAAUGUUCCAUUUCACAUAUCAAUUGAUGAAGGAAAGAAAUAUAUAUAGGAUGUUGGAUUGAAUAAUGUAGAAAUAGAUCAAAACUUUGGAAAUAUCACAUUUACAAUUUAAGCAAACUGUUUUUCAAAAGAAAAGAUAGAGGGUUCUUUUAAGAGCUGUUAUCAAUGUUUUACCCAAUCCCAAUAUACAUAAAUUCAUUAUUGUAAUCAAAAUAUCAAUUUUAUAACUUAUUUUGUAACUUUUUCUAUAGAAAUAGAUUCUCAGUUAUAAUUUAUAAUAAAUCUGUAAGACAAUUUUUGUGAAGCAUAUUAAGUAAUAUAAGCUUAUGAUCAAGUGAUUGAGUUUUUAAUCUUUAAAAUAACCAAAAGUAACUCAUGA